CUCACGUUGACGUCGACACGUGUAUUUCUUCAACUAUCUAUGGCAGUUAGCACGCAGCAUCCUGAGUAACGUCGUUAAACCGAGAGGUGGCAGACACAAGGCUGCACAAGUGGUUCUGCUUAAGAUGUGACCGUCACUAAUGCUGCAGCCAUGCAAUCAGAACAUCAAAAGUCUAGUCCAUCUGCGCCAUGUGCCCUUUGGCCAGUGGACCUCAAGUUAACUCACUUGGACUGGAACCCUGAAGCAACCCUGAUACACUUCCAGGGACAGUACAUAUCCAUAUGUGAACUUGACUACAACAUCUUGCAAGGGGAAAUUCAAAACAUACCAAAGACCAAAGCUGCAGUGGAUAUCGGAGAGUUUUGCCUCGUGGAAGAUUUGACUUCAGGCCGCUGGUAUAGAGGAAGAGUUCAAAAAAGAAAAGAAGACUUGUUUGAUGUUUUCCUCAUCGAUCACGGCAACGUCUUGAGUGUCGACAUCAUCCACAUAUCUUCCUGUUCAAACGAUCUGUUCAUCCUUCCUCCCAAGAUAGUUUGUGGCUUUCUUUCAAAUGUACUACUGCUUCACGGUUGUUCUCAUUCUGUAGUGGAUGCGUACUUUUCAAACCUGAUUGGAAGAAAUGUCACAGGUUACAUCCAAGCCUUCCUGCCUCACAAAGUGCUCUUAUUGGAAGCCCCUGACAUUAACGUUGACCUUGUUAGACAUGGGUUUGGAAGACACAUGGACAAAGAUACUUUCAUCCUCUUGGUCGAGAUGCUCACAGAAGUGCCGAUCAAACAAAACAAGGAGCCAGUUCCUGACUUACUCAUUGAAAAGCCAAGUGGACAAGAAGUUUUCUUCAACCAGUCUGGUUUGCAGGGAUAUGACAUACUGUCUUUCUGUGGACCUAGGUUGAGUUGUGGGACACGUGCUAAAGUGCGUGUGACUGCUGCUGUUAACCCUGGAAGGUUUUACUGUCAGAUGACCAGUAUGAAAACAGAUCUUUUGGAAAUGUCAAAGAAGCUGGCUGCAGCUAAUGAGUGCCGAUCCAAAGAACACAAUCAGACGACCCCAGAAAACCUGGGUUUACUGUGCUCAGUCAAAAGCAAAGAUGGGAAAUGGUGCAGAGGCUUUGUGCAGUUUCUCCCAGUCAAUUCUCAACUUCGAGUUUUGUUUAUUGACUACGGGUUCUUUGAAUCUGUCAAAGUUGAGAAUGUCCACAGCCUACCACCUGAAUUACUUUCAAUACCCAUCAUGGCGUUCCCAUGCUCAUUGGCCUCCCUCAGCAAUCAAGAACAGGUGGUCAAAACUCAGCAGUUGAGUUUCCUCAAAGCAGGCUUGCUUGGAAAAGUCUUAGAUGUGGAGAUCAAAAGUUUUGACCAAGAACAGCACAUGUAUUCUAUCUCAGUAAUUGGUGCUGAAGAUAAUCAUGUGAAGGAACCAGAGCCCAUGCAAGCGCAUCCUAGAAUGAAGAUUGAGUCAGUUUUUGAUACAGCAGAAUUGUCACCUGAAGGUGGCUAUUUAUACAAUGAAACAAUCAUGGGUGAAGCAUUGGGUAAAACACUAGAUGCAGAAGAGGUGCAUGUUGGCUCUGUCUUUGUGGGCUAUGUUGAGCAUGUCCAGAAUCCAAACCGCUUCUGGAUGAGAACUCAAAAACGCAAUGAUGAGUUUGAAGAAAUGAUGAAGAAAUUGGCAGAUUACUACAAUCAAGUGAAGCUGGAAGAAGAUGUGCUGGUGAAACCAGAGCUGGGGACACUGUGCUGUGCAGUUUAUGAGAAAGACAUGCAUUUCUACAGGGGUAUUGUGACAGACACUCUCAAGCAUGGAGCUGAAGUCCUUUUUAUGGAUUUUGGAAACAUUGAGAAAGUGCCACAUAUGUUGAUCAAGAAGAUACCAGAGACAUUUGCAAGUAAAUCAGCAUUUGCCUUCUGCUGUACUCUUGUAAAUGUUGUUCCUCUGGAUGAAGUCUGGACCAGCGCCAACGCUGACUUUUUCAGACAAGCUGUGUCAAACAAAGCCCUGCUAGUCCAUGUUGUCCAAAAGAGAAAAAACACAUUUGUUGUUGAUCUUUAUGAGAUGGGAAGUGACACCAAUCAAAGUAUCACUGAGCUCCUGAUCUCUUGCAAAAAAGCUGAAUACUGGAACAACAUUGCCAUAAAGCCUGUGGUGCAGAACAACAUAGAUUUGACAGAAGAAACAACACGCCCAAGAUGUAUGGUGACUUCAGACAUCAGUGGAGAUGCAGAGCAAAUGAAGGAUUGGGAGGAGGAAGAGAAAACAUGCAAAAAUCAAACUGAAAAGGCCCAAGCCUCUGCAUGCUUUAAAGCCUUAAGAAUCAAGCCAGGGUGUAAUUUUGCUGUGCAUUGCUCUCACAUCAGGUCUCCUUUAGAUUUCUGGUGCCAGCCUCUAGAUACGCUUCCAGCUUUGGAGGAACUGAUGGAUGAAGUAAAUCAAUAUUACUCAACUCACACAGUUCCCCUCCAAUCAGGGGAUCAAUGUUGUGUCACAAAGUCACCUAUAGAUGGAAGAUGGUACAGGGCCUUCAUCAUAGAGAAGCAGAAAGGUUAUGCCAGAGUGAUGAUGGUUGACUAUGGCUUUACCUGCCAAAUCAGUGAGCUCAACAUUCAGGCAAUAAUGCCAGAAUUUGUUCAUUUGGAAGGACAAGGUUUCAGGUGCAGCCUUCCCAACCUGAUUAAACCUGCUGACCCCGAGCACAGUGGGUAUUGGAGUCCGAUGACUUGUAAGUGGCUAAAAGAUUUUGUCCUUGACAGUCCCAGUGGUCUAAGAUGUAAAGUUGUCUUUCAGUUCAAUGUAAAACACACAGGGCUGUGCAAUGCUGUGGAACUUUACAACACCCAAACCCAACUGAGCCUAACAGAUUUGCUCUCAGAACACGGCCUGACAAGUGAGGGGACUAUCUUGACAAAACAACAGUUAACAGUGUUUCCAGAAUCUUUUGUCUACUCUUCAUUUAAUCUAAGUCCUGGAAAUGAAGAACAAGUCUACAUCACUCAUGUAAGCAGUCAAUGGGAGGUCUACUGCCACCUUGAGAGAAAUGUUGAAAGCAUUCAAGACCUUGAAAGGAAAAUCUCAGAUGAGGGUGAGAAGAUGAUGCAAGCCAGUACGAGAGCAGUUUUGAGGAAGCUGUGCCUGGCAAAAUACUUUGAUGGUCAAUGGUACAGGGGCGUGGUACAUCAUGUUCAGUCACCUCUGCAUCUUAGUGUGUUAUUUGUGGAUUAUGGAAACACCAACAUAUCUGAGAAAACCCAUGUCAUGUUUAUCCACGAAGACUCUGAUUUGUUGUCCACACCCAUGCAAGCACUGAAAUUUUGCCUUGCUUCGGUGUCCAAAGAAGAGCUCUAUGCAGAUGUCAAAGAAUGGCUUGAUGGUGCAAUACUCAACAAGCAAGUGAGAGCUGUCAUAGUUGGAGAGAAUGAAGAUGGUUCAUUUGAUGUUGAACUAUUUGAUGGAGAUGUCAACAUCAAUGAGAAGGUAAAGGAGCUCAUUCUCAGUGUUUCACCAAAACCAAAGACAAAAAAUAAAACUCUCCACACAAAGAGCUCAAUUAAGUGCAAGAGUCGACCCAAAGGGAAGUCUUCAAAUUCCCCCACAUUGAAAACCAGAUGCACUCAAGUUAGAUUUGCUCCUCACAAAAAGAAAGAGAAAACAAAAAACUAUGUUCAUGGGAAAGCUGAGAAGAACACAAAAGUAAAUCAACAAAAAGAGUACCAUGAUACAAACACAAAGUCCGAACAAUCACAAAAAACAGACACGGAAAGCCCUCAGCUCUCGUGUUUGCCAGACAUAAAAGUGAGCGCAGGUUUUAAGGCAAAGUGUUAUGUCUCCUACUUUGACUCGGUCAACAGUUUUUUCCUUCAACUGUCGGAGGAUGAACCUGCCAUCUUGCAAAUGGCCGAAGAGCUCAACACAAGUGUCUUAAGAGAUUCCUUGAAGACCACAACUGUUUUGAGAAUCAGUGACCUUGUUCUGGCUGAGUAUGAAGAAGACGGCGCUCUGUAUCGUUCUGCUGUGAAGGACUGUGGAGGAAGUUCCAGUUACGAAGUUGAGUUUGUGGACUAUGGAAACUCUGCAGUCAUCGGGAAGGAGAAGAUCUACUCCAUACCGAAGGAGUUUCUCUCUCAGCCAAGAUUCGGCAUAUCAUGCUCCCUGUUGGACACAAGCACAUAUGAGAAUGAUGCUUCUUUCGUUGAUGCUGUAAUGGAGAAGCCUCUCAUGGUUGAUUUUGUCCGUCACAAUGAAGUUCAAUGGGAAGUCAAGGUUGAGCUUUUUGAAGAAGCCACACUUGAAGCAGCUGUUGAAAAUAGCACUGAAACCAAAAAAGAAGAGAAAUCAGGUUCAUCUGAUAUAAAAGAGAAAGUGAGAUCCUGUGAGCAAGUGAGCAAGAUUGAAAGAACUACCGUUGAUGGUGAAAACACCGAAAGAACUCUUGAUGACGAAAACUUCCUGCUGGAACCGACACCGGCCACACUGUCGAAUAAACUAGAAGAACAUAGAAAAUCACCCACCAGAAACGAUAUAACAAAAAAUGAUAGUGUAGAUGCAAUCAUACACCCGACUAUUCAAGCUAAAGACACGGAGAAUGGGACAGUUCUGUCGGUCCUGCGUAACAGUCAUUUUUACGCCAGACUAAAUAAGGCCGGUGAACUGCUUGCUGCAUUGGAAAGUUCUAUAGAUGACAACCUACACAAGUGCCAGAUCGUGCCUGAAGAGAAUAUCACACAAGGCUAUAAGUGCUUAGUUCAGGUAGACAAGGACAAACGGUGGCACAGGGCUGUUGUUCAAAAUGUAGGCCAGGGAAAAUGCCAGGUCCUGCUCGUGGAUCAAGGAAUAACAGAAGAAAUCCCAAGUGGAUCAAUCCGACGACAGUGUUGCAAGUUGACAAAAAUCCCAGACCUUGCAGUUUUGUGCAAGGUAAACUGCCUUGGGCUCAGUGAAGGAGAUGGUGCUCACCAACUGUGGUGUGAAACUCUUAAACCACUGAUCGGCAAAGAAGUCGAGCUGGUGUUUGUGUGUUAUUCACAAGAUGAUAAACUGUGGAAUGUUGAAAUAAUCGUGAAUGGACAGUUCCUUGUUCGGCAACACACAACCACACUGCAGCAGGAUGAAGAGGUGCUAGUGUUACCCGCUGAAACUAAAGUAGGAGGAGGAUCCUACUUGGACAGAAGUGCUACUCAGCAGCUUGUCUUUGCUCCUAUUGAUAUAGACAAAGCAUAUUCUGGCUUUGCUGCUGCAGUGACAACUCCCUUUGAGUUUACGGUCGUUCUGGAGGACAGGCUUCUUGUCAUGAACAACGUGUCCAUCAUGCUGGAUGCCCUCCCUGAGCAGAUGUCUCCUGUUCCUGAAGCCCACCUCGUCCCUGGCACCUGCUGCCUGUUGAAAUCGGUCACCAAGAACAAGUGGUGCAGGGCUGAAAUUGUGCACGUCGACACCACAGCAGUCCUCAACCUGGUGGAUUACGGCCACUGCGAAUGCAUCUCGUACGAAGACUGCUCCAAGCUGAAGAGGCUUCCUGAGGACAUCGCAAACCUUCCGAAAGUGACGUACCCCUGCGUCCUGAGAGGGGUCGGAGUGGACGGACAGUGGACGGACGAAGCAGCCGUCUUCUUCCAGCAGUGUUUGUACCAGAAGAUCCUCCAGAUCGUCUUCAGAGAGUUUGUGUCAAACACACACUGGAAGGUGGACAUUCUGGUAGAUGGCGUCCAUGUUGCCAAGGAGCUGGUGGAUGCUGGACACGCCAAUUAUAUGGACGUCAUGCUAGGACUGAGGUUCCAGGAACAGAGCUCGGAUAAAGCGGCUCCUCACAGCCCCGACAGUGAUGAAGAGUGUGGACAGGAAGAUGAUGAAGAUGGGAAGUCCGAUCUCUCGGUGGACUCGUCUGAUGAAGAGGAGGGGAAGGUGCCCCUCAGCGUUGUGUCUGAAUCUAAGCGAUGUUUCUUGAUGUGAAGCCGUCUGAUUGGAUCAGCGCUUCCUAAUCCCUGGAUAUGAUUCUGCUUGUUGGAUGUUUUGGUUAUAAGCUGAGAUUUGGCAUUUAAAAAUGACAUAAUUUACCUUACAAUGUUACUAUGUAAAUGUUCUUGUACUGGUUAAAGGUGAAAAAGAUUUAAGUUUUGUUGAAUUGAAGCUUUCAGACAGCAGCAUAAUGUUCCUUAAAAGCACAAGAAAUUGGAGUGAGUGACGUUUUGUUUUUAUUAUUAAGAUUUAAAUUGGGUUUUCUCCUCAUUCAGGGUUUUUGUUUAUCAAUGUUGACAGAUGUUAAGGUCGUUUUUUUCGUUUUAUGUUAAUAAAAAAAAAAAA